AUGAGUGACCAGUUUGCCGUUGAAACAAACCAUUUAACGUACAAGUUCUCUAACGGGAAGGUUGGGCUUGCCAAUAUCGAGCUUGAACUUCCAUGGAGAUCCAGAACGCUCCUUGUUGGUUCUAACGGUGCAGGUAAAUCUACAUUGCUAAAGCUUCUCGCAGGUAAGACUUUGAGCACUGCGGGGACUAUUGGUAUUGGGGGACACGAUCCUUUCAGAGGUGGCUCGGACGCUUCAAACAUCACCACUUAUCUUGGUACCGAAUGGGCGUCUAACCCAAUUGUGAGAAGAGACAUCCCGGUGACAGUGCUGAUUGACUCCAUCGGUGGUAGUGUCUAUGCGGAAAGACGUGAUGAGCUCAUCGAGUUAUUGGACAUCGAUCUGACCUGGAGAAUGCAUCAGGUGAGUGAUGGUGAAAGAAGAAGAGUACAACUGGCCAUGGGCCUCUUGAAGCCCUGGAAGGUUCUACUACUGGAUGAGGUCACUGUGGAUCUCGACGUGUUGGUGAGACAGAGGCUGCUGUCCUUCUUGAAGAGGGAGACUGAGACGAGGGAAUGCGCCAUUAUCUAUGCAACCCAUAUCUUUGAUGGGCUUGGACAAUGGCCAACAAACGUCAUCCAUAUUCAGAGUGGUAAAGUACUAAAGAACCUGAAGUGUGGAACCGACUUGGUGUACGAUACCUCCAGCUCUGUAAUUACGGAUGAGGACUUUAUACGAAUCCAAGCGGUGAACAGUUUGCAUCCACUGGCACUUGAAUGGCUCCGUGCCGAUCUCAUGACGAGAGGUAAGCGUGAAGAGGGAGAUCUCAACCGUCCGAAAUGGGAGGACCUCGAGAAGGAGCUUAAGAUAUACUUUGACGGUGGAGAUCGUAUCACCGGGUAUUUCAAGGCAACGCGCUCAACAUAA